GAGGUUUUGAUUUCGUGGCGCCUUAUUCGGAGGUAGCCUGGCUCUACAAAACGGUCUAAAAAGGUAACCCCCACUGUUCAGUCUCUUACGGGUUAAAUAUGUAGCUUUUUGUAUUUUUGUAUUUGAAGACUGAACGUUAAAACCUCCACUCCACUCCUACUUCAUAAUCCCUCACCUACAGUUUGAUAACUACGCAGACUUGGGCAGAAAAGACAAGGGAAAGCCGGGUCUGUCCAUGUUUGGCUAGUUGUGAGGAGAAGCCUAUAGGAGGGAGCCGCUGUGUUGCUCGUAUAGCCUUUAGGACCGCGCAGACUCGGCGGUUGGUUGGGGCAGAGCUCGUGCAGCUAACCGCUCUUGAGGAGAGAGUCCGUUACAGACAUCGGCUGGAAAGAAGAGAGAAGGAGGAGACGGCGGGCGAAACGCGUUUAAGCUCGGGCUUUAACAAGUUUUUAUCUCGGCUCUGACAAGUUUUAGCCCACUUCCGAGAGGAGCUCGGUCUGUUUUCGCAUACCACAGCCCUGAGUCUGGAUGGAGUUUGUGAGGUGUUUCCCCAACACCGUCCAAGCCUAGCCGAGAGCGGAGUGCUUCUUCCUCCUUUCUUACUCUUUUUCUCCCUCUGAGGUAAAAAACCAGCCUUGCCUUCUUCAGUCUCACGGUCUCUGUUCUCGCCACACACGGUAAGGCUGUGACUCGGACCGGCAGCCUGUUUUCCGCUCCUCCGCUGUGGCUCCGCGGGUUUCAGUGAAAGUGUCCUGUCCACGAUGAGCUCGGACAUUAACAUGUACCUGGGCCGGGAGAAGGCGGGCAUCAUGCGGAAGAGAGCCCAUCUGCUGAGGAAAGGCUGCAGCUUCGAAAUAACGAGUUCUGCCUCAGAAGACCUGGGGUGCAGGAGGGGAGAGUUUAGCCGAAAACACUAUGGAUCAGUGGAACUGCUGAUCUCCAGUGAUGCAGAUGGAGCCAUACAGAGAGCCGGGAGGUUCAGGGUGGAGAAUGGCUCAUUAGAUGAGACUACUGACUACACCCCAGGAACCUGGAGGAGAACAGAUGUCCAUCUGGAGAACCCAGAGUACCACACCAGAUGGUUCUUCAAGUACUUCCUGGGAAAAGUGCAUCAGAACUAUGUUGGUGUGGAUGCAGAGAAGAACCCGUUUUACCUUUCUGUGGUUCUAUCGGACCAGAACAACCAGAGAGUUCCCCAGUACAGAGCCAUCCUCUGGCGCAAGACGGGUACUCUUAAGAUUAGCCUUCCCUACAGCCCCACAAAAACACUAUCGGUCAAAUCUAUAUUAAGUGCCAUGAACAUGGACCGCUUUGAGAAGGGCCCUAGAGAGAUCCUUAACCCAGAGAUCCAAAAGGACUUAUUGGUGCUAGAAGAGCAAGAGGGCAGUGUAAACUUUAAAUUUGGAGUGCUCUAUGCCAAAGAUGGUCAGUUGACAGAUGAUGAAAUGUUCAGUAACGAGACUGGAAGUGAAAACUUUGAUAAGUUCUUGAAUCUGCUUGGUGACACAAUCUGUCUGCAAGGCUGGGCUGGGUACAGAGGAGGCCUGGACACUAAGAAUGACACUACAGGAAUUCACUCCAUCUACACAGUUUAUCAGGGUCAUGAGCUCAUGUUCCAUGUAUCUACCAUGUUACCUUACUCAAAAGAGAAUAAGCAACAGGUGGAGAGGAAAAGACAUAUUGGAAACGACAUUGUCACCAUUGUAUUCCAAGAGGGAGAUGAUGCCUCGCCGUCCUUCAAACCCUCCAUGAUACGAUCUCAUUUCACACAUAUUUUUGCCUUAGUUAGAUAUAACAGUCAGAAUGACAGCUAUAGGUUGAAAAUUUUCUCAGAGGAGAGCGUGCCAUUGUUUGGUCCACCCCUCCCUUCCCCACCAGUGUUCACAGACCACCAGGAGUUCAGGGACUUUUUACUAGUCAAACUAAUAAAUGGAGAGAAAGCCACUCUUGAAACCCCCACGUUUGCUCAGAAACGUCAGCGAACUCUUGACAUGCUGAUUAGAUCUCUGUACCAAGACCUUAUGCCAGACCUGCACAAGGUUCCCUUCUCUCCGCAGAACAUGCUCAAUCGCCGCUCUUUCAGCGACGUGCUACCUGAGUCACCCAAGUCGGCUCGCAAGAAGGAGGAAGCACGGCAGGCUGAGUUUGUCCGGAUAGGACAGGCAUUGAAGUUGAAAACCAUAGUUAGAGGGGAUGCUCCUACCAGUCUAGUCAAUACUGGACUUUGCAGGAAAGAGCCAUGGGAGUCUCAGUCUUUCUGCAGUAGCUUUGCAUAUGACAUUGUAUGUGGAGAUUCCUGGGGUCAGUCGUUACUGGUCGCCACGGACUCAGCAGGGGUCAUGCUGUUGGAGGCAUCAGAUCCACUGCUGUCCAAUGCAGACUCUCCAACCUUGCCCCCCGUGCAAGUGUUCGACAAGACUCUUACCGUCAAACAGAUGCAUGUGCUCGAACCUCAGGAUCUCCUCAUCACAAGGGCCGAUAAAGGGAAGGAUGCCCGUCUCUACGUGUACAGACUGAGCACUCUCAAACGAGGAAUAGAGGAGCGGCAACUCGUCCGCACCAAAUGUGACAGCAGAGAGAACAAGCUGGAAAAAACCAGAGGUUGCCAUCUCUACUCUAUAAACACACACCAUGGAGUGGAGCUCCGCAUUGUUGCAGCAAUAAGGAACAAGCUCCUCCUCAUCACAAGGAAACAGCCACGAUUUGACUGCAUCAGUUCUGUAGGAACAAGUGCCGGAACCAGUGAUUCACCAGUAGAGGAGUUCCAGUACAUCCGGGAGAUCUGCCUGUGCGAUUCUCCGGUCGUCAUGGCGCUGGUCGAUGGUCCGACGGGUGAAAAUGAUCACAUGAUCUGUGUGGCCUAUAAACACCAGUUUGACCUAAUCAAUGAGAGCACAGGAGACGCCUACAGAUUGCAUCAUGUUGACUCCAGCCGGGUAAAUUUUGUAGCAGCCAUAGAUGUGUAUGAAGACGGGGAGGCUGGGCUACUGCUCUGCUACAACAAUCUCUGCGCCUACAAGAAGGUGUGUCCGUUUAAUGGGGCCACGCCCAUGAUUCAACCAAACACGUCCGACUUUCACUUCAGCUGGAAUCAAAUGCCCAACAGCAUUGUGUGUGCAUUCCCCUACAUUCUGGCCUUCACCACUGAUUCCAUAGAAAUUCGACUGGUUGUGAAUGGAAACUUGGUGUACACUGCGGUGGUUCCGGAGCUGCAGCUGAUUGCCUCUAGGUCUGACAUCUACUUCAUAUCAUCAGCACCAGUAAACUCUGCCUCUAACUGUAGCUCCAGAGACACCAGUUCCCAAAGCUCUCCUCAAACACCAACUGGCUACGAGAUGCCCAUUUUUCCCUCUCCGCUUGGAGAUGAUUGUAUUCGGAUCCCCUACGGCACCAAGCUUUCCCUCUACAUGUCUAAAGACUCUGAAGGUGAAGCUCCCUCCAAACAGAUCUAUAAGAUCCCACUGAGUAAUCUAGUUGGACGGAGCAUAGAGAGGCCUCUCAAGUCUCCGUUGGUCAAUAAAGUGCUUACGGCUCCUGGCCCUGGUAUGGUAGCUCCUGUCCCCAUGAUCCCGACCACACCCUCUCUCUCAUUGUCUCGCAUGGAGAUCAAAGAGAUCGCUAGCCGCACACGGAAAGAACUGCUAGGUUUAACUGAAGAACCCAGCAGUAAGGCAGACAGCAGCUCAGUGAAACAGAGGAAAAUGAGCAAGAAAACAAAGGAGGAUGACAAAAGGAAACCAACAGGAAUUGCAAGCACUGAAGUCGGACUGGAGUGUGUUGACGGUGACAUUGACAUUCAACGGCACUGCUCCUCCAGCUCAGAGCUGGAACUUCGCGAGGACAGCCCACCCGUGGCCAGUACUUUAACGCUCUCUGCUUCCUUUGAGGAGGACAUCCUGGACCUGAAGUGAUGACAAUCCCACCGUGCACCUCUUGUACUCCUUUCUCAACCCCACUACCGAUCCAUUAUUUGUUGGGUUUUGUAUUUUUUUUUGGGACUUUUAUAUCUGUCCUUAGUCUGCUUACUCAUCUGCAGUGUGUGGUGUAGAAACGGACCCCAAAGCUUUGCACCUGAGUGAGUUUACAUUAAUCAGUGUGAUGAUGGCUAAACGUGUGUAUGGGUGUGUGUGUGUGUGGACGUACAUACGUAUGUGUUUGUCUUUGUCUUGUUCAGUGAGACUUACGGACAGUCAAAAUUGCAAAACGCUGGAAGGAUCGGACAACGUGGACGAGCGUCGUCUUUGACAUGGAGUGGGCUGCAGAAACACGUUCUAGAUCAAGUUUUGAACACAUGGAGCUUUGUAGGACACACUUAAUGUAGCCAUGGAAAAUAAAAGGUCAGAAUUUCAGGUCUUUCAGGUCCAAGGAUUUGACCCAAGACUCCAAGUCACGGUCAAGGCAAGGCAUUAUGAACCAAGCUUGAAUGUAAAACUGAAGCACCUAAAACACAACAGAAUAUAUAUUUAACUCAUGUUGUGAUUUAAGUGUUUUGUGCAUCUGUUGAUUUCAUAUUGUGAUUAUUAAAAAUAACUAAACAUAUAUAUAUAUAUAUAUAUAAUAUAUACACAGACUCAAAUAAAUAAAGAUCCUUUAUGUAGAGAACUUUAUGUGCAUCUCAGGCUGUAGUUGCACAUGUGAACAUUAUAUAUAGAUAUAUACAAAUAAAUAAAUAUCCUUUCUAGAUAGAUUUAAUGAUGAAAUAUACAGGUGAGUUUAAUGUUAUGCUCUACCCAAGCUUACAACCCUUGACUUGCAAUCCUUUGGCAAACAGGGCAGAAGUAUCCCACAAGUGCCAUUUUUUCCUACAACUCGCAGCAACUGCAGUAAAUCUGAUUGGCCAUAGACUACAUUUCCCAUGAGGCAAGCAGUUACACUUACAAGCCACAAUUUCUAGCUGUUUUUAACACAGCUCACUAAAACUGACAGAAAGAGCUUUGAAUUUCGCUCCAUUAGCACAUGCGCUUUGCCUCUCGACACUUAGCCUAACACUAUAUAAGUGCACUCUUAAAAAAUGCUUUUGCCUCUGAAAAAAGGGCUUUGGAACACCUGCAUGCCUCCCUUGAAUCCCAUUACAAACUAAAAGGGAUUUUAUAUACUAAAAUAUUAGAAUUAGGAUUUAAUACCUUCACAAAUCAUAGACAUUUUACACAUAAGGGAGCAAAAUACCAGAAAUGAACACAAACCGCAGAUUAGAGACAGUGAAGUAUGUAACUGUGACACAGGUUUAACUUGUUCAUCCUCAGAUACAGUGUGAAAAUGGAAGGAAAACAUAGGUAGUGGUCUCGGAAAAGUGGCGUCAUGCCGUGCUACUGUUCCUGCUAAGCUAAAGCUAAAUGCAUGCCCUCCCCAGUCCUCUAUCCCACACUUACCCUCUCUGACUCUCUUUGUAUGUCUUACCCACAACUAUCCUACACUAGUAGCAGCCUGACUGAAAAGGGAAAAUCAUGGGAAUAUUUUUGCAAAUGAAAUUUUAAAUGUUAUUUAUUUUAUUAUUGCUCUUCGACAGGAGUUGUGGUGGAGCUGCAGACUGACGGAUGACGUGUAAUUUGUACUUUUUUUUUUUAAGCACUUUGUUCUCUUUGCCUCUCCUUCACUCUAUUUACUCGCUCCUAAACUGUUUUCGCAGUGGUUUUGUAAUCUAACUCAAUAUUAACUGUUUAGACUGUUGCUGAAACUCUGUGAUAUCGAAAUGAAACAAACAAAACAAGACAAAAAAAAUUAAUA